AUGGGGAAUGAUGAACUUCUCAAAUUUUGGCUAGGUGUUCUUGUGAUUGAACGAAGGAACAUCCGCCUGUUUCUUGCGCAAUUUUUCGUUCCUGUCAUUUUUUCUUUGCUCGCAGUUUACGUUUUCACACAGACAUCAUGGAGUAAGUUUGAUGGGUCGAUAUCUUCCGAAUUUGUUUACACCGAUAUUAUAAGACGGUCUGAUAUUUCUGUAUCUCCACUCCAGGUGUUUUACCACAACUGCAAUGUUCUGUAUGAUGCCUGGAAAUACGUGAAGCAUUUUGAUGUGCAGUGUCUUGAGCAUCACUAUAUGUCGGAAAUUUCAUCGUUUCAACCUGACCAGACAUUUGUGGUCAUCGAUAAUUUCAACAAUUACACACACGAGCUGGCUUUCCGAAUAAUUAACUUAUCUUAUAAGCUGAAAAAGAACCUGUAUUCGCCCUGGAGUGUUUUAUCGCUGGACCUCCGGUCCGAUAUUAUUGAUGAAAAUGAUGGUUUGAUUUCUUAUAUUCAAGAGGGUAUAGUCGAAGGAUUGUCAAGAUACUUAGAAUUGAAUAUCUAUAAUACAAGAAAGUAUAUUGUUGCCAUGCCUGUUUUCAAGUUUUCUCUAAUGAAGGCAUAUCACUUUCUUGCCUUAGUGUCCAUCGGCGUGUGCAGUCCAGCCGUGUGGCAUUUCAUAUCAUUAUAUCAGGACGAAGAAGAAUGUAAGGGGAAGCACUUGUUAAAUGAUCUGAAAAUUGUGAAAAUGUCCACCUAUGUUCUGUCGCAUUUUUUACUGUACUCAGUCAAAUUUUUCGUGGUGCAACUACUGUUCUGGCUACCUAUAUUCAUCUAUAACUCGAAAUUUCUUGACGUUCACAGCUUUCUGAUAAGCUCUACUUUAAUUUCGUUCAACUUAACAGCUUUCUGCCUCUCCGUUUGCUCAACGUUCCGAAGUCGUCAUGCUUCUGGAGCCGUUUUAUUCGGAUUAUUGCUUGCCUGUGGUUUUUGUUCCUUCGGUUGGAACGACUUUCUACCCGCUUCUCCUUUAACUUAUAUUACUACAUUAUUUUUUCCUGUUGCGUAUCAAGCUUAUAUGAGAAUUACAGCAAAUUCGAUAAUGUCAGAUAAAUUUCGUAAGAUGAGUUACGCAUUCUCUGUUUCAUUAGUCUUCAUACUUAUAUUCGAUUGUUUGCUGAUGCUCAUGUGGACAAUGUUCAGAGAGAAAGCUUUUUUACGGAAGAAAAAAUCACCCUCCCAUAGGCUAAAACUGUCUACCAGUGCCAUAUCUGACACCAGGAUCCCCUUGAUGGAACUUUCUGAUGUGAGAGUUACAAGAAGACAGGAAAAACUACUCUCUGAAAUAAAUUUGUCUAUACACAAAGAAGAGAUUACAGCCUUUCAUGGUAAGGGAAGCCUAGAGUUGUUACAAACAAUCAGAGGUGAUGUUGAGUGUACAGGCUCAACCUUUGUGUUUGACGGAACAGUUUUGGGCGAGAACAAAAUCAUAAGCUGUUCCAAGGAUUUGUAUAUGUUACCAUACUUGACUGUUAUGGAACAUAUCGAGCUGUUGAUCCGCGCUCGGCAAGCCGAGAAUGUAGAUUACUAUGAGAUGAUGGAUGUUCUCGGACUUGUCUCUAUUGGUCAUUUGUUUCACCAUGGACUCAAAAAUAAUGACAAACAUUUGUUGAAAGUAAUGUUCACGUUUUUGAGCAACGCCAGCAUCAUUCUUCUGGAUGAACCGUUCAGCUGCGAUGUUACUGUUCAUGCGCAACUAAACCGCUUCUUGCGAAAACAGAAAACAGGAAGAGCAAUUGUGUUCACUUGCAACAGCUUAAGUGUAGCCAGUAGAAUAGCAGAUUCACUUGUCCUCUUAGCUAAUGGAGAAGUCUGGCGUCAACUUUCCUCUUCUGAAUGUCGCAAAGAAUCACAAGUGUUGAUACUGUGGUCUCGCUUACAUCUAGACGCGGCACAAAUAUCUGCCAUCAAAAAAAAAGUUUGUGCUUGUCUUGGUUCGAAAUUCAAAGGGCGUCUGGUCAGUGAUAGACAACCCAAAGGUGUUUUGACCUUCAAAGCACCAUCAAUAUCCCUGAUAAAGUAUACGAAGCUUCUGAAAUUACUCAAAACAGAACAGAGUUUGGGCAUUGAAAACUGUGAAUUGAAGAUUUCUACCCCUAUAGAUGAUUAUAUCAGAUUUUGCAAUGUUGAAUCUUCUCCAUCCUGCUACAGCUACAGUAUUGUGGACAAAAUGUCAAAACUGGCGCUUUGCACAGUUCUUCCCGAUUUAUCCAAUAUAAUUGACUUGAAACUGAAAUUUUUUUCUCAAAAUUCUUUAGCCUGUCUUUUAUCGUUUGCUUUACCUCCUUUAUUAUCAAUUCUAGUAAGCAUUCUUAGUAACCGCUCACCUCUCAACAAAGGUUAUAUUAACACUCAAUUGUAUAUGCAAGAACGGGAAAACAGCUAUUUUUUCGUGACGGAAAAAGAAGAGAAAAACAUGUCUUCGUAUUGUUCUUACCUGACCGAACAUCUUCAAUACAAUUUCGGCGCUGUGCAACGAGGAAAUGUAACGUACCUGUGUUAUUAUGCAACCUCAAUCAUUUCCGAACUUUUUUUGAAUCAGAUUUGGCAAAGUUUAUUCUAUAAAGAUUUCAAAGUGAACGUAACAAUCGAGACAGUCUAUUCUCCAAAAUGGCGAUAUCUUAUUGAUGCUUUCGAUAAUUCAAACAACCUAGCCGGGAUCCCUCUGCCUGUUAUAUCUUUGGCAAUAUCGGAUAACUGGCUAGAAAUUCUGGCGGUAGGACUGAACUUUCUUCUUUGUGUUUCGCAUAUCACAACGUUCACACGAGAAACAAGCAGUUUUGACAACAUUGGUGCGAAGAAACCGCUACAGUUUUGGUUGACUUCAUCUCUUGUUGACUUUCUGAUCUUUGUUUCACUAAUAACAGUUUGCACAACUUUGGUUGUGUUCCCACAUCAUGGUGUCUUCGUCAGCUUAUUAACAAUAUCUUCUAGCUCAAUUGCGCUUAUAAGCUCUUUGCCUUUCAUAUACAUGAUUUCUGCAAAGAGUGAUGAUAGUUUAUCGGCUUGCUUUUCCUCGUUCCAAUUAUUAGGCGGCCUUUUAUUGCCAAGUAUAUUCUCUCUCUUUAGUUCGCCAUUUGGUUCUCAGUUUGAGGCUUCGAUCAGUUUAAUCUUCUCACUAUCUACUAUUUUUCCUCCAAUAGUCCCAGCUCUGAUCACUGGCUUAAGUGCUACCUACAGACUUCAGGGCCGCAGAAACUUCUAUAUUCUAAAGCAAUUGUUUCCUUUGUACUUGAUAUCUUUUAUGCCAGUGUGGACAUGGGUAUUCAUAGCUUUAAUGAACAGAAAGAUUAUACCAAAAAUCAAGAGCGUUGUGGAAUCUAUUCAUAGCAAAUGUUGGAGCUCAUUGCGAAAAUCGAACCGAGUCACAGCUUGA